GACACAGUAUAACAAUUCCAGUUGAGGAAUUAAGACCUACAGCAAGAGGAUAACAAGAGGAUUCCAAGCAACAAAAGACUAAGAAUGCCGCCACCACCACACCACGAUCGUCUCUUCGGCAUCCAUUUGGGAUUGCAUUUGGGCCACCACCACGGCCACCACGGACACCACCCGCCACCACCGCCGCCACACCACCACCAUCACCACCACCACGGACCUCCGCCACCACCGCACUACGAUCACCACCAUCAUCAUCAUCAUCACGGCCCUCCACCACCGCCGCCGCACCACUUUGAUCAUCACUAUGAUCAUCACCACCACCACGGACCACCUCAUCAUCAUCAUCAUCAUCACUGCUAAGGAAUUGAUGAAAUGAAGAAGCGAUGAAUUUUGUGAUUUCCCUGUGAAGUGAAUUCAUAUUGUUUUAAGAAUUUUAUUUAUUUUAUACAAAACUGAAGAGAAACCCAUAAAAAAUAUAAAAACUCUUAAAAAGCCCAAUACAAAUAU